AUGGAUGUGUGUGUGAUCCGUGUCAGUCACUGUGAGAAGGAGAUCUUCUGCUUCUCAGUGCCAGAGGAGUGUCCCAGCUGUGGGGAGCAGCUGAGGGGAAGCAGACUGCAGGAGGCGCCGGUCAGCCUGCCCUCCCCCCUCACCAACGGACACAAGACGUCCUGCUGCCUGCUGGUCGCUCCCGCACAGGACAACACACACAGGGCUGCCCGCUGCACUCAGCUGCUCUCUGUUUCUGUUACAGAACACCAAGGUCUGCUUCUGCCCGUCGUCUCCCAGUCCAGGUAUGAGGAGCUGCUCCGACGCUGUCAAUCAAACGCUGCUCAGCCUCUCUCAGCCAGUAAAGAUGGAGGAUGUGAGGAGGGAGGGGGGAGGGGGGGAGCCUGUCCCCACCAGAAGAGGCAGCGUCGGGGGUCAGAGGUCGGGUCAGAGGCCAAGAAAAGCUCCAGGUUGGACCCACCAGACCUGAACCUGAACCCAGACUCAGACCCAGAUUCAGAUCCAGAUCCCAGCUCAGACUUAGACUCCGACCCUGACCCAGACCCAGGCUCUGAUCCUGAUCCGGAUCCUCUGGUUCCAGGUCCUGGUUUUGUCCUGCUGGUCCCUGACGGUGAGGUGUGUGGGGGGGUCAGGGAGGUCCGGCGGACCCCGAUCUCUGUCCCAGAGUACCUGCAGCUCAGUCUGGAGGAGGCCUUCUUCCUGGUCUACAGUCUGGGCUGUCUGUCUGUCUACCUGAACCAGGAGCCUCUGUCUGUCAUCCAGCUGUGGAGGACGUUCCGGUCCCUGCGGCCCGACUUUGUCUGCUCGUUCUCGGCCUAUCAGCACUGUCGGAGCAGGGGGUGGGUCCCUAAAGGAGGGGGCGGGGCCAAAUACGGCGUCGACCUUAUGUUGUACAGGAAAGGACCACCUUUCUACCACGCCAGUUAUUCGGUGGUAGUUGAACGGGCUGACGAUGCAUUCAGGGGCUCGCCGUUGCGUCCGUUUUCGUGGCGUUCUCUAGCGGCUCUCAGCAGGAUCACCUCCAACGUCUCUAAGGAGCUGAUGUUGUGUUACAUCAUCUUUCCAGCCGACCAAUCAGAAGCCGAGCUGGACUCACCUGCCUGUCUGAGCAGACUGAAGGUUCAGGAAGUGAUCGUCAGUAGGUGGGUUUCCUCCAAAGAGCGCGCUGAGCAGGAAGACUUCUGAUUGGCUGACGGGAGACAUCAUCAAUGUCACAGAGUGAUGUCACAAAGACAGACUGAUGACAUCAGCCAAAAGAGGAUAAAAUACUGUUUUCAUUAAAGAAAAUCAUAAAGUAUCUCAUUUACAUCUUCAUGUGCUCAUAAUGUGACACACACACACACACACACACACACAGACAGACAGACAGACAGACAGACAGACAGAGA